AUUUAAGAUCAAUGGAGGUUGGGUGGUUGGCGUGGCGGGCGGGUAAAAGUAGUGAAUUGUGACCAUCUUAUCCCUCCGCUCCGGUUAUGGGCUGUUGUUGCGACGAAGACGACGGCGACAUUCUCCGCCACCUCAUGAGUUCCCCUUCCUCCGCCCAAACCCCACCACCACCUCCUCCUCCUCCUUCCACCGUGAUCUCACCGAUGAAUUCUCAUUUCUCCGCACUAUCCUCCACCGACAUCCUCCGCCUCAUCUUCCAGAAGCUUCCCGUCCCGGAUCUCGCCCGUGCCACCUGCGUCUCCCGACUCUGGAACUCCGUCGCCUCCCAGAGGGACAUGGUAACCAGAGCUUUCCUCGCCCCCUGGAAAUUGAACAACGCCAUCGGAGACCCACUCUCCAAAAGCUUCUGGAGAGACAACUCUCUCGCUAAAUUCGCCGCCUCUCAUCGGGUUGUGCGCGGCGACAGCGUCGCCAGUCUUGCCGUCAAGUACUCCGUUCAGGUGAUGGACAUAAAGCGCCUGAACAACAUGAUGAGUGACCAUGGGAUAUACUCAAGGGAGAGGUUGUUGAUUCCUAUCAGCAAUCCUGAUAUUCUUGUUAACAGGACAUGCUUUAUUGAGCUGGAUGUUUUUGCUAAACGUGAAGUAGCGGUGUUGUACCCCAAUGAUGAACCGGACAGAAAGAGGACUACCUAUGUUGCAAACAGGAUAUCCUCAGAAGAAAGCAACAAAAAGGUGCUUCAUUCCUUGAAGAGGAGCAUGCAAGUUGACAGUGAAACUGCUCAAUACUACUGGUCUGUUUCAAAUGGCGAUCCCCGAGCUGCCCUUGCUGAAUUCUCAGCAGAUCUUCAGUGGGAUAGGCAAGUUGGGCAUUCCUAGUCUCUGGAACGGUUCAAGUCUAGUUUGGAAUAAUUAGGAGGUUUGGUGGCUGGCAAUGGAAAGUGGAUGAUAAAUAAUUAAGAGGUUGGGUGGCAGGCAAAUGUUUGCUUAGAUAGGUUACCUCUCAAUACAUUUUCAUAUGAUUGAAUACUGCUCGACUAUCAUGUUUGCUCUUCUCCAUGGGAGAAAUGAGACCAUAGUAAGUCACUUCUUGCCCUGUGAUCGAUUUCUUUCAGCUACUCAUAUGAUGUGUGUACGAAUUUGGGUGACUUGUAUUUUAUUUGUAGUAAUUACUAUACAUAUAAAAGAAGAUGUACUUAACAAAAACAAAUUGUUGUAUUAUUUUUCAAAUUGUAAUUGAAGUUGCUGCCUGCUAGGCAUCUUGUGCUUA